CACAAGCAAGCAUGGAUCGGGUCACUAGCAGGAAGAGUAAGUACCUGGAAUGGGUCGACAUCAGGAGGAGGAAGAUGUGCGGCUGGAGGAGGAAUCGCUAGCAGCUUCGGUACUGGAGGAGGAAUCACUAGCCGCUUCUCUGCUGGAUGGAUGAGGAAUCGAGAAGGGGAAAGCUCCUUCGGUGCUGCUUCUACUGGAAUGAGUCGCAAGCAGCUGCAUUUCCACUGGCUGGAGCUUCUCGCGCGGGGAAUCUUCCGUCUCGUAGAUGAUGGCGGCGCGGGGCUAGCAAGGGAGAGGAAAAUGAUGGAGGUCGGCUGGAGCUUCUCGCGUCGGGGAAUCUUCCGUUUCGCAGAUAAUGGCUGCGCGGGGCCGGCGAGGGAGAGGAAAAUGAUGGAGGUCGAACGGUGCUUCUCGCGUCGGGGAAUCCUUCGUCUCGCAGAUGAUGGCGACGUGGGGCUAGCGAGGGAGAGGAAAAUGAUGGAGGCGCGGGAAGUGGAUCUCGAACGCAGGGAGUUAGAUGAUGGCGGCGCGGGGCUGGACGAGGAAGACGAUGGAUGGGGCUGCUGGUGGUUUGGGUGGAGAAGGAAGUGGCGGCCGGCUGCUAUGGGAGGAGUCCAGGAGAGGUCGGCUGAAGGAAGAGUUCUUCUAGGGUUGGGGUGGAUGAAAGAGUUGGAUAAAAAUAAAACCGGCGUUGUAUAGGAUCACGGAGGAAAAAGAGAAAAAAAAGUAGCCGCGGUGAUUCAAACAUGGGAUCUCAUUAAUGGAGAGCGCACGAUUUCUACUGGGAAACGGGGGAAUAACCCGUCCCCUUGUUUAUAGAAAACGAGUAUUUAUGUUUAUCCACAGCUUUCCCAUUUGUUACAAUUGGUUUUUUCCAACGAAAACGAGAUGGACAAGUGCACACGUUUUUUGUCAUUUGUUUCUUGUUUUUUAUUGUUUAAACAAAAAACGAAAUGGGAAGUGAACUGGGCAUUAGCUUUGUUUAUUCAGGGCCAUAUUGGAGAAUCAGAAAGUAUAGCUAGUUUGGCCCUGCUGUAGCUUUUGCAGAAGCAGCUUCUGGCUGGAACUUUUAGAUAAGUACUUUUCAAAAAAACCAGUUUAGUGUUUGGCUGUAAAACUAUUAGAAGUGCUUUAUAAUAUGAGCGGUUGUGUAAAAUGACUAUAAAGGACUUAUAAUAUA